AUGGGCGAGGUGGGUUGGUGCGACAACCGGGAACAGUGGUUCGAUACUAUUACGAAUCAUCUCACCGAGCACGGCUACGUGGUGGCGGUCGACGUGCCUGAGUUUGCCAUCGACCUCUCCCACACGCGGUUAGCUCCCUAUAAGUUAUCGCACUUAGCGCAGUGGCAACAAGUUUCAGUGGCGGCAUUUGGCGACCUCGAACGGAUCCUCCUUCAGGCAACUAGUGAGGGUAAGCCGGUGGUGGUGCACGGCUUUAUCGACUACGCCGUGACGCUUGAGCUCCACCAGAUCACCACCGUACUUACCUUGAUUGCCAAUUGCAAGCCCGGCUACAUUUGCGAUAGUUGGCCUCAGCAGUACCAGGUGGAGGGACAUCCUUUACACCAGAUACUCGCCAAGUGGGUCUACAGUCAUUAG